AUGAGUGUACCAGUCCCAUAUACAGAUAUACCAGAGAAUUUUUCGACCUGGCUAAAGACAGAAAGGGAGAAUGGUACCAUGGGUCGUGCACUCAAUUACAAGCUUUCUGCCUACCUGUCAGACGUUUAUAAUAUUGUCACUGUCACAGACCCAGAGGUUAUAGAGAAUACUGCGCUCGGUAUACUCCAUGCGAUAACUGGAAAGGACCCCACACCACCGAAAGUAGAUAAUAUUAAUUCCAGACCUCAAAGUCCAUCAGUUGGGAAGGUGAAGAACGGUGGAGUUGCGAGUCUUUCAAAGAAGGACACUACUCCUGCUGCCCUACCAUAUCAGAUAGACCUAGUAUCUCCAGAACCUUAUCUUGAGCGAGAAGCAUUCUUUUACACCUCCAACACUGCUCUAAAUGCUGACUAUAAAGCAAUGAGAAUUACGAUAUUGAACGUUCUUUUGUUUGCAACUUCACAGUCGCUUAUCGCGCACCCAGAUCCUACUUCUACUAAUAUUCUGCACGUUGCUAUUGAGCUUGCUCACAGAGCGAUCUUGGUCAAUCACAUUCCCCCUACUUCCUGUCUUCCUCUCUCUAUGAGUCAAUUUCUGGCGACAGCAUCUUUCAUUGAAUGUCUCUGUGUAGCCAUAGAAAGGGUUCUCCCUCUAGUGUGGAAGAUUGCAAAGGAAUAUACGGAUGCACAAAUGCAACAGCGUCCCCGGAGCCCAAGCAUACGAAAGGUCAUAUCGGAGUCUGCAUGCCACGAAAUCACUUGUAUAUUGUCAUGCAUCUCUGGUUUCCUCAGGAUUUUUCUUGGUCACUAUGAUGAGUUGCUUCUGUUUGUGGAGGGGCAAGGGGGGUCUGGUGUUGAGCUAUAUCCCGCUAUGGUUGGUGCAGUGACGUCGGAUAAGGCGAAAGGAAAGGAUGCACCUGUAUCCCAGUUUGAUUGUUCACGUUUUAACCUGGCUACCUCUAACAGAGAGCUGCUCCAAAAGAUAGCCCGGACAUAUCUGCAUCUCUCUGACGUUCUCUGUAACGCCCUGCAACCGAUAUUAGGAACGUUUUCAGUUCACAGGAUCGUCGUGCCGUACAACUUAUGUGAGGGUAUCCUAUCGUUUCAUACCAGAUAUGAAUCACUGCUUACUCAUGUACAGAAGAGAUUUGACUUUCUACAGCGUAGUUUUGCGUAUUUGAAGGACCACAUUUCAGAUAAGGACCAGCUGCCUCCGGACUAUUCAGCAUACUGCGAACUCUUAACCGGUGUUCCGCGAAAACCAGCGAACGCUGAAGCUGCAAAUGUGGCUAGUUCUAAUCACUAUGCUGUCCUCACAAAGGACUAUCUGACCAUAUGUAAUUCUUUUAUGACCAUGUCUAGAUUGGCAGGUCUCUCCUGCACAGUCCUCCUGUUCUCUGAGCCUUAUGUUUCGGCCUCUGUACCUGAAGAUGGUGCUCAGCAAUCUGGCCAAAUUGGUGCAAGUAAUACAGCUAGAAUAGUACAAUAUCCCGACAGCUACAGUUUUUCUGAGUCACUAUUGGUCGCUGCUUUGUCAACUUGUCAUAGAACGCCUCGCUCACAGAAGCUACCAUCGCAGGACGAUUGCGCUGCAAUAAUUUCUUUUUGUCACUUGCCUAUCGCGUUCAUCACUUUGUCUCUUGAUACAACGGAGUUAUUUCCAGAUUUCUUUCCGCGAAAAAAUAGACCUUCUGCUUUGGUGGGUACUCUAGGCACAUUUAUUUCUACUUUUAGCAGGAUCUACAAGCAAUCCAUUCAAUGUUUAUCUCUUGUCUCCGGACGACCUAUUUAUCGUUACGAUAUCAAAGGGGACACACUCACAUAUCAUCCAGAUGUGAUGUGUGUCAUUCAGUCUAUUGUGAUCAAUGCGAUAGCCUUCGAUAGCAUCUCAGUACCUGAAAAGUCCGAUAAAGGUGGCGAUAAAAAGCAAUCACUUAUCUCUGGUUGUACCCCAGGAGCGAGCCUGUCUUCACUGAUUCCCACUCUUCAACCCCUACUUAAUGACCCACCCCUGCAAAUAUCUUGCUACUUGGCUUUAGGAUCUUUUUCCUAUCUCCUACUCAAGCAUGCCCGGGACCAGACAAAGCUUUACUCAGUGUGCCUAACUAUAUUUCUAGAUAUGAACAAGCAAUGUAUCAAUCUUCCUACCACUCAGGUGUUGGUAGAUGGCCCACCAGUUGAAGAGGUUAAAAGGCCCCCAAGUACGUCCGUUGCAAAGAAGGGGGACAAGAAGGUAGCCGUGGUAGAAGCUGUGACCACUCUUCCGGAGGCUGCUGCGAUGAUUACAUCUACCUUCAAAGAUUCUUUCCCUCUUACGUUUACGCUUUUAUAUGAUCUCCUCUAUCUAGGCGCAGCCACACUUUAUGCAAUUGGAUUCAACUCCACCUAUCCCACAGAGCUGUACGCCUCUAAAACUGUUACCUCUGUCUUUACUCUUUUGGAGAAUCUUUACCUUUUGCUUGCCUCGAAACAUAUAGCGCUAGACAAUUGUAAUGAGCCAGUGGAUAUCCUGUUGAGCUCGGCAAAGACAUACCUUGAAUAUGCUCGGUUUAAUACAGUCAUCUUUCCUUACGAGAGCCAGAGCAUAUGUCCUGAGGGUGCGAAGACGACAGAGUUAGUACAUCAGAUUUAUGAUGCAGCAUAUGAAACGGCUAGUCUUUUGGUUGAGAGCCAUAGAACUGGACGUGUGAGCACCGCAAUGUACAGCAGAUGUGUCGCAGACAUAACCAUUGGGCUCAUUCUUCUCUUUAAGCGGGCCAUGCAGCUAGCCCGCAUAGAGAUAGCCGACCGACUUUUUGAGCUUUAUAAACUGGUAUCGCCCGCUUCUGGAGCAUCUGUCUCGCAAACGAUCAAGUCUAUGGAUGUGUUGUCUGCGGAUAAAGAGCUCCUUGCGGCAACUAGAGACCUUGUGGCCAAUGCGUCUGAGUCAGCAGGACAGCAGCUUCUCUUGCGGCAAACUGCAACGACACAAUUGUCACUUUGUGUCGACGACAUGUUUCUUCACACAGGACCGGUUGUGAAGCACAGCAAUGCAGCGACUCAACUGCCUCCGACAACCAUGGUGCAGCCGACGCAAUGGAUGCAGAUGCUCGUGUCUUUAUGUAUAGAAACUCUCAUGUUACACACGCGCUAUUCUAAGUGUGUUCCCGUUUUCCAGGCAAAUAUGUUUCUGGUCGCGUCAUCUUACGAGCUGUCACUGUAUUAUCUUGUUUUGUUAGCGGCUACUAGAGACUUCAAUGAUGAAAUACGACCAUUUAUUGUGUCCCUCAAUCUCCCAGAGGUUCAACUGGUGAAGCUUCUCUUUGCAGGAAUUAAGCUGCUCCUAUCGUUGCCAGAAGUACGCACCAAUGAGUAUACGCGUUUAUCAGAAAACAUCCUCUUUCUUCUGGAAACUACUUCUCUUCGUUUAGAGGCUCUUUCUGACACGCAAAUACGCGGAAAGUUUUCACUAGCAUUUUCUGCAUUGAAGUAUUCCGUUCUAAUUCAACUGGGUCUUUACCUGGAAGAAGAGCAUGAUGCUGACCUUUUAGAGCUAAUUUCCAAGGAAUCCAAGCCGUUCUUUACUGAAGAUAGUGCACCUGUGGUAUCUCAACCUACUAGCAGGCCAGCCUCUCGUACUGCGACUGCCACAAAGCAGGGAAGUAAGCAGACAAAGGCUACAGAUCAGCACAAUGCGGAUCAAACUAUUGUGCGUCCAUCUAUCAACGAAGAUACAGUCUCCCUUACCCUUUCUUAUCUCGUUCGUAAAUCAAAGUUGACACCACCAUCUGAUGAGGAUCUCCAGGUGAUGUACCUGUAUCACAGACUUAUGACUAAGCAAGCGAUUUCUGCUGGUUGGCAGUCGACAGAGUCUAUGCUGAAUACAAACGAUCCAUCUACCUAUACAGAGCAGUAUCUUUUUGAGCUAUUAAAAGGGUUGAAUACUCAAGUUGAACUAGGAUCUACGGUGUUGGGGGAGCAGGAGUUGUUUCAGCGUCUGUCCACGCCGAUAUCGAUGGUUGGCCCAUCGCAUGCUGAUACGUGCGUACUUGUUCUUUCUGAUUAUGUGGAAAUGGUGGUUCUUCGACAACAUACCUUUCUUGAUAACACUUCUCAAUUAUCGAGCUGCUCCUAUGGCUCCAUUGUGGUGAUGUAUGGCGUAGCUUUGGUAGGAACGAUUCGCGCCUAUCUCGCCACAUUGACAUGGUACUCCCUUGCCACAGCGAUUGUAGCUUUGCAACUUGUCAUUGCAUGGUUACGAGAUUACGAAACUGAGCAGCUGUGGUCUUUGCUGGCAGCCCAGCUAGAUAAGUUUGUUAUCAGUAACAAUCUGUUUACAGAUUUUGAGAAGUUUGCCAUAGAGUCAUCUAGAUGCGGCUCUGGAUCCUUGAUACUUAGGCACAUACAGUCAAAGAUAUUAGUAUAUGCUAUCAACUCAACCCUUUGGGGCUCCAUCUCCGUUGGAAGUUAUAUCCUUAAUGAAACACCUAUAGGGACCGAGGAUCUGAAUGUAUCGUUAUUUGAGCACGCACUUCAUAAGCUGUGUGGUGGAAAGGCAUCUACUAAUGGUGAACAAGCACCUUUGCAGCCGCUUCAAGAGGAGCUUACAUCAUAUAUCACGCUCUGUCAUGCUCCUCGUCUUCUUCUAGAAGGAAUUAUUGAGUUCUUCCAAUCCCGGGUAACGGCAGCGCAAUGUACCAUCUAUGCCCUCGAUCUCCUUAUGGAUGAAAGAACUUAUCGGAUAGCGCUUGCACACAUAACUGAGAGAGUUUCAACUGAGUUGACUAAGAGAAGCCGAUCUCUUGAAAGUCCCCUUCAUAGUUAUGUGCCUCAUUUGUCAGUAGAUUCUGAGAAUGAAAGCCACACCUCUUUCUAUCUCAGCCUCCCCUUGAUGGACAUUUAUCUGCGCCUCACCACUGCGGUGCGGUUACUUGCACGCGCGGACAUGGAGUCUUUUCAGGCUUUUCUUUGGCGUCUUCUUUCACAUACAAAGCGGUUCUCUUCACAACAAGACAACUUUCGGAGUAAGCAUUUAGCGACUGUGCGUAGCCUAAAACCAUGUUCACCUCUCCUAGAAGAAAGGCAACUUGGAGAAAAGCGUGCGCGAUUUCUUUCUGACUACACGGCGGUUGGAGCAGGCUGUUAUCUUUUCGACUCACUUGUCAUUCAGAGGGUCAGAACGCUUCAAUCCACAAUUUUAGAGUGUCUCCACGCAUCUAACGUGGUAGCGGUUUAUGGCGACCAUGCCUACUGGCGAGAAAAUCAGUAUGCGGCCCACUUCUUCAGCGAGCACGACAACCUAACUAGUACCUCCGAAAAGCUUGUUGUCGAAGGAGGGAUUCCCCCGGAUGUUCUCGAUGCAGGCGCCUUUAUUGGCACCUUGAGCAUCCAGCUAUUGCAAGCAGGGGCUUUGGGCACGAGCAUGGGGUACAUCUUCUCUGAUUAUACUAAGUACUCUCUUCUGUUUCUUAGGCCCAGCCGAGUGCUGCUUCCCACCAGUGGUCAGCUUCACAACUACCACAGUUCUCUGAUAGAGUGUAUUGCUUUCGUGGAGGAUGCUUUGGGUCAUCUAUCCGAUCACCCUGUAGAGCAGUCAAGAAUAGCACGACUUUCUAUUCUUAUAAUCGCUGCAUUAUUGACGGCACCACACAUUUCGCUGAUGGAAUUUCUUGCCGAUACCACCCUGGAUAAGGUACACGUGUCUCUUGCUGGAAUGGCUGGAAAGCGGCUUGAGUUGGCUGCCCUCAUUCUUCUGAAGCUUACAGGCCCCUCGUUUGUUCUUGGUAGCCCUCAUCUGAAGGAGUGUCCUUUACGACGGCAAUUAGAGUUGCUGAAGGCAAUCAUUUUGGAGCGCUUGGCGUUCAUUGUGGAGACAAUCCCAGAGCAAAUCCAAGACAUUGUCUUAGGAAGCAAGCUCGUGACCAACCAUGUUGUUGCGCGAUGGCUAACAGAAACGACGUCUUCAUUUGUGUUUGAUCCCACCUCGAUGAGUGUGGUUGAAUAUUGUAGAAACCCCACUAGCUUCUGCGUUCAUCUCCCGUCGUUGCUUUUUGCAUCCAAUAAGGCUCUUCUGGCAUCUGGCUUUUGUAAGCUAGACUUUACUGGCCUAAACCUGGACGAGAUACCUGCAUACUCUUCCUGUAACGACAGCAUCAAAAAGAAAGCAACAUCCGAUUUAGGGUCUGCGAUAAAUGACGCAGCCGAUUUCACUGUUCAGCUCCUAAGGUUGUUUCUGACUCGUGGUCCUUUUCAGCAGACACAGAUAGGCAUUAUACCCUUUGUAGAUACAAUUGUUGCACGCUAUGGUAAGGAAGCACCGCUGUUUACUGAGGCUCUACCUGGUCUCCUUGCAGAUCUAAAUAAUGUUGACAAAAAGUCGGGCGCGGCUGUCGACAAGAAGGGCGAUUCGCUCCCCCCGGCGUACGGUGUCCACAGUCUUCCACAAGCUAUCUUUGCGCUGUCGACACUCACAGGACUAUAUAGACAAGGAUUUAAAGAAUUUCUGCGUGUCACUGCACAGAUAGGUGUCUGCUUGCUAGAUGAGAUUAACAUCGGGGAAUUUAUAUCAUCGAGAUGUACAAGUACGGAUGACCAAGAGCGUGAUGUUUCCCUGAGCGUUGUGUAUCCUCCCCCCAAUCCGUUACAUUAUUCAAUCCGUCUGAUCUGUAUUGCGCUAUUGAGUUCCUUGGACUUGCAUUCUGCUAUGAAUGGUCACGAUGAAUCUGUUCAAAAAUAUAUUGAUCUGCUGAAUGGCCUUGCGAAGGCAGACAGUUCCAUUCCUAGCUUUGUCCAGGAGAUUUUAGAUAGCUCUUCUCUUCGGAAGGACGACGCAGCUGUAGGGUCAGCUGAAAAGGGUGCAUCCACGUCGCAAAAGAAGACACAGCAAUCUUCCAACUCUGAUAAUACAUCUAGUCUGAUAGAUUUGGUAUUUUCAACCAGAGAAUUUCGUUUAUUAAUGCUUUUUUAUGACUCUCUUCAGACGUUGCUUUCUAUCUCUGCCUCGUAUAGCCACGCUCCCUUUGUGCUAGAGGUUCUUGACCAUUUGAUAUGCAGCCGCCUUAGCAGAGCAGUAACCUCCCCGUCGUUGUCUGACAGUUGUCUCUAUCUUACACGGGCGAGUAUCCUAACCGAAGUGCAAUCGCAGAUGCUUUCGCAGAUCGUCUACAUGCAGUCACAGAAGUUUGUAGGACCCACAAAUCUAUUGUCAAAUAUAGUAUGGAGUAGUGGGGCGAUUAUAGGGCACAAACUACUGAUAGGUGCACAUACAUCCAGUCCAAUUAUAGUAUCCGCAUCUUCAGCUCAGGACUUGCAGUCACUAACUCUUUUUGACCCUCAUUACGACGACCUUCUCAGGAUCCACGGCGAGUAUGUUUUCACUCACAAACGACCGCCCACAGCACCGGUACAAGGGUCUGGAAAGGACUCAAAGGGAAAGACUCAGCAGGUAGCACCAUCAAUCCUUUUGCCCGAUGGUUCUCUAGACAUGUCUCCGGAUUUCUUAACUAUUUCGCCGGAUAGGGCCCACAUUUUUGCAGCACUAUUCCAGGAUCCUGUAGCGGCAAUAAUAACAAGCUUAGAUGCCCGUUAUCUUAAGCUACAGCAUGAUCUUUUAACCGCUAUCGAAUCAGCCCUCCCGGGCAUAUCAGAAAAGUCUAGGAUUAUCACCACUAGUGCCAGUAUUGGCAGCGACAUCUAUCUUCAACUAAAUCCCAUGGUAAAGUGGACAAUUAUAUGCUAUAUUCAAAAGGACGUUGUUACCAUCCGGCCUAUAGAAACAUCGGAGUCUUCUUCAUUUAGUGAUGAGGUUGCAAAAGCAUCACUACGCUACACAGACUGGUAUAGUUGUGCACGAAGACUCAUGGCUUCCUACUGGAACUACGUACCAGCAGCAGUCAUCAAUCAACUUCAGACAGUUUUGAGCAGGAUGGAGGCAGAACUGGAUCCAGAUCGAGAAACAAUCAUCCUGAAGAAUCUCUUCACUUAUCUAAAGUCAAUCAGGAAGGGUAUGUCACGACUGUAUUACAAACGCAAAUCGGCGCGCUCGCGUGCUAGUUCUGCGCUAGGACAGUCGGAGGUAGCUAACACUAAAGUAUUAAACGAUACUGACUCUGCACCCAUGGAGUCUAACUCGAGGACCAUACGACCAUUAUCUUCCGCAACCUCUCAAAGAUCCGCCAUGUCGCCAAAGACGAUAGCGUCAGCCAAGUUAGUUAGUACAGCAGAGUUGUAUGGAUUUAUUCCUUCUCACCUGAAAAAGGCCAGCGAUCUUCUCCACGAGAUAAUUACAUCACUAUGUGAUAACCUUAGAAGUGCGCUGCCACAGGAAAUAACAGCCAAUUGUGCUUUUAAUGAAGGUUCCACAUCAGAGUCUGCAGAUGACAAAGAGCUUCAUUCCCUGACACUUAUAUUAUCUGACUACUCUAUGUGUUGCUUGCCAUAUGCGGUGCUUUUAAACAUUGUAUUUUCUGAUCUUGGACGUAUUCGUGUGAUUGUUCCACGGCUUAAGGAUAGGGAGACGCUGAUAGAGCCAGAAAUUCUUGCGUCAGAGUGUCAUAAGGGCAAUGCAAGCAUCGAUGUACACGACGACCUUUCCUUUGCAUUGUCGAGUGGGCUGAAUCUCGCAUUCGCAGAUCUGAUUCCAUUCCUUAGAGGUGUAUUUAAUCACGGCAAUCCGCUGACGAGCGUGCCAUAUGAGAUAAUGCAGUAUCUGAACGAGGAUAGCCUAGCAUUCAUAUGUUCGUUCGCCGCUCCACGUCUACUCCUCAAACCGUCGCUAGUAAUUGCUAAACCAAAGACACUUGCUGCUGUUAAAAAGAUCGCUAUCCUACAUUCCGAGUUUGAGUUCAGUAACAUGCGAUCUAAGCGCGAGCUGCUUCGGUCGCCAAGCCUGCAAUUUAUAGAUUCAGACUUUGGAGUGCGACUAUCUCUCCUCUCCUCCGGGCCCAGGAUUAUAGUUAUGAACGAGAUUCCAUUCUCGCCUACUACUAUUGCAUCUAUAACUACGUUGUAUCUCUUGGACCACUUAAAGCAAAGGAUUGAUGAAAGUCUAAAGAAAAAUAAGCCCCCUACAGCACAGGAGAAGAAGCCACAAGGAGCAAAGAAGCCUGCAGCGGGGGCUCAGGAGACACAGGUGUCUGUCGAGCCAGUUGAUCUCACGAACAUGUGUACAAAGCUGCUUCGAGGAUGUGAAGAAACGCUCCUCUUUAAUUCGGUAGUUACAUAUGCUUCGCAAUGA